UGUGGCGCCGUAUCUUUGAGAGAUCAGGAAUUCACAGGGUGAGAAGACACCGAACUGCUUAUUUUGGCUUUGCUUUGCAAUAUUUAUUGCCGAUACCCGAAUGGUUUUUGUUGCGAGGACUUGGCUCCUCCUCGUCGUUCCCGAGUGACCAAAGCACCCUCUGGCUCCAUUUCCCUGGGGAUUGCUCGUUUUUCUGGCUUCGGAGAGCAAACAAAAAAAACUGGGAAAGGAGCUUGGUGUCCUGCUCAGAGGGGGAGUGCAGGUUACCCCGAGCUCGUGGGGACGGCGUGCGAGUCGGAGCUUUCUGAAGGCGAGGAGUCGGCGUUGGGAGCACGGUGAAAAUUGAAAGCAUAACUGUGCUAUAUUUAUUCCCGCUCUGCCACGGCAGCCUGGGGCUGGAAGGCCCCAAAAUGGGACUGUGGAAAGGAGCUCCCUGAAACUUUUAGCCCAAAAGGGGAGCGUUUUCCUCGCGGCGAAGCUUUUGCGCCCCGCGGACGCGGUUUCGAUUUACAGCCGCGCCGAGCACGCUGAUGGAAAAGGAGCAGCUGGGAAGGUGCCAUUUCAGGCUCUUGCUGGCAUUAAAAAAAAAAAAGAAAAGGAAAAAACAAACCCCCCCACACACUGGAGAGGGGGAACCGGGCCACGUGACCGGCGCCAUCCUACCCUAUGUCACCGUGUGUCGGAGCGCUGCCUGCUCCUGCCCAAUCAUGCCUGGAAUGCCGCUUGCCACUUGGGCUAUUUCUGCUAUCUGUCGCUGCCAGGGCUGCAGUGCUAACCGGUUGGCAGAUGGGACGCUUUUCCCCCGAGCCGAUGCCUCUGGUUUUUGACUCCUGGCCGUUCUCCCUCUCCGCUCUCCGUGUCGAACCAUGGCCCACCGGCUGCGGUUUCAUUUUGGCUCCGGGCGAAGCCACACGGCCCCCGAGUCGGAGAUCCUGGAGCGGGAGCGGGAAGACGACUUUUUCCUGGCGUUCCACACGCUGCCGAGGCGGAGCGGCCCUCACGCCUGCUCCCGGCGCGGCGCGGCCGGCGACCUGAAGAGGAGCACGUCCAUGUUCAUCCCGCAGCUGCUGGCCGGCGCCGAGGCGCGGCCCACGCGCAGCUCCUCCGUGCAGAUCUCGCUGCAGCGCAAAGGCGCCGACGGCGAGGGCGAGGAGGCCGGGCCCUGCCAGCCCUCGGCCCUCGGGGAGCGCUGCUGCGCCGCCCCUCCGGAGAACCGCCCCGCCGCCCCGGGCAGCCCCCACAGCUCUGCCCCCGGGUCGGGGCAGCGGGCAAAUGGAACCGUUUGCUGCAAUCGCCGGGUGUUUUGUGCCGUCCCCUCCAACAGCCAGAGCAAGGAGGCUCCGGCCGCCGCCCGGCGAGAGGAGGCGAACGAGGCGCCGUCGGGUCUGAACAUCAGCGGGGUGAGGAUCCAGCAUCGGGCUUCCAGCGCAGAUGUGCCUCAAGUGACUCUGCUUCCCUUGGGUUCGGAGGCUCCGGGUAACGCCGCCCCCCCCGAACCCCGGCGCUGGUCCUUGCAGCACGUGCCGGAUCCGUCGGCGAGUUCGGGGAAAAAGUUCUUUGUCCUCCAGUUACAGCAGCCGCAGGCGAGCGGAGCAGGCGCCGGGGGCGGAGGGAACUUCGGGUUUACCGGGACAAAGGGGGACAGAUUGGUCAGGUACCCUCGGAUACGGCUGGAAAGGAGCACUUCCUACCCCGUCCAGCCGCCGGCAGAAGGAAUCGGCCCCCCGGCCGACGGGCCGGGCUCGGAGCCGCCUGGGAACGGCAGGAGCAGGUCAGAAGUAUCGGGGAGCGACUCGGUCGAGCGGAUUCCUCAAGGGCAGGGCUGCUUGUUUAAAAUCAGACCGGAGCAAAAGACGAGGCAGCAGCACUUCAGGAUCCUUGUCACCCGCGGGCCCGACGAGCAGAGUCAGGGGGUCGGCACGGACGGUCCCGGCGCCGCGGUAAGUCCCGGGUGUGCCGUGCCCGGCAGAGCCUGUGCUGGAACGUUCUGCCUUUGUCAGGACCGAGCCCCGAAUGGUCUCUGUUUCUGAUCUAACACAACUUUGCUCUCAGCCGUGGUUCCAUCCAGCGCGGUAUUUUCGGGUCCCGCCGUCACACGUUUCUCGGCUCAGCGUUACGUCAGCCGGAAAGAUUGUUAAAAAUCAAACGGCAAAUUGUGUGUUUGUGUUGAGUUGGCCGAGGCCCUCGCGCGCCCUGGUUUGAAAAACAAAUCUUUUGGCACCCUUCCGAGCGUCGUGUGUGCACGCGUGUACCUCCCCACGCUUUUCAAACACGGAUUGUAGCGCAACAGCAGCCAAGACCACGGGAAUCUGAGGAGAAUUCCAGCUGAAAUACUGACAGGGAGCUGGGUGAAAAAUUAGUCUCUGCGGCAGUCAUUUGAUUUUUCUCCUUCUGGAAACGAAACCGGCUCGUCCUGGUUUUGUGUGCCCCAAGUCCGGGUGGCUUGGUUGUUGAAACCCAGCCCAGAGGCAGCUGCUCCUGCAGCAGGGCCAGGGAUGACUCUGCAGCUCCCGUGACCUUCUUUUGAGCUCUUGGGUGGGCGCUGUGAGGGGAAAACCACGGAGGGUCCCUCAGCUUUGCUUUCCAAAGAGCGAAAUCAAACCCCCGUAAACUAAAGCAGAGCGGUGCAGGUUUGGUGAGGGAGCAGUUCUGGUUCAGGAGCGUGCCGUGUCUUUCCUGGCAGCCAAAAUCAGCUGCUCGCGGAGAACCACCCGCAGAAGUGAGUCUGGAGGAUCUGUGCUGCUGCUUGGGCCGUGCCUGAAAUACCUGCUCUCUCCAGCCCAGGGGAGAAGUUGUUUGCAGCAAAAAAAAAGCCCCUAAUUGUGGUGGUGCAGGGGGUUUGUGUGGGGGGGGGGCUGUGAGCAGCAGCUGCUGCGGCCGGAUUUGGAUUUAUCCCGCAGCAAACAUCCCAGUCCUGCUGCUCCCGGGGCCCGGCACCUUCCAAAGGGCUGCUCUGGGAGAGGGAAAGGCAGGAUGUGUUUCAUUAGCAGCCAGGGUGAAAAUAUUGAGUAAAACUAUUGCGUCUGAUUGUGAAACGUUGGAUUUGCGGGUCUCUUGGCCUGGUUGUCGCUGGGGGCCGGUGGGAAACUGGGAAACACUUGAGAAAUGCCACGUUGGACAACUGGUGGGGAGGGCUGACAAAGGCAGCUUUGUUGGGAGCAGAGCACAACGUGUGCCCUAAGAAAACGGUGCGGGAGCGGGAGGGAAUUAUAAUUCAGCUCCCGAGCAGGAACGGCACCUCUGGCUCUGGAAGCCUGCGUUUCUCCCGGCUCAGCUCUUCUCUGCUUCCUCAGAAAUGGUGCAAAUCCCGAAUUAGCCACGCUCCAGAGACACCAGAGGCACAAAGCAACAAGGGCAAGCUCAGAUGAGGGGCAGGGAACCUUCCUCUGGGGGUCAUUUUUAUCCCCCGGAGCUGGUAACAAAGGCAGAGCUCUUGGCUGGAGUCCUUCUCCAAAAUUAGUAAUUAGCCCCUGAUAAUUACAUGAGGAAAAAUAUUUACUCUUUGUCAGAAUCCCAGAAUAAUAAUAUAAUAAUGCAUUAUUAUAUUAUUAUAAUAAUAAUAUAAUAAUGCAUUAUUUUCUGGAGGGGGUGGAUACUUUCUUAGCCCUUGCCUUCCACUCCCCCUUUUUCUUGGUUUCAGCGACCCCUUCAGCAUAAAAAUCCUAUUUUUCUGCUUUAGGACAUGAACUGAUGCAUUGGAUUCAAGAUUAUUGCAUUUUUGUUUCGAGAGGGUUUUUUUGGCGACAAUUCCUUCCUUUCUCACAGGACAAGGGGCAGAAGCUUUGGCAGUGCAAGAGAAGUAAUUUAGGAUUGGAAUUAAUUGCUGUUUAAUUGCUUAAUCCCUUUAAGAAAGGAUCCGGUUGUGGUUGUCCCCGUGUGCCAGGAAAGGGACUUUUAUUUGGAUUUAUGGCUCGGUUUUGGCAGGGCUUGGGGCAGCAAUUAAAAAUGCCACCUUUUAAAGAACAGGUGCAAUGAGCAGGAGUUGAGGUUUUGUCACCCAAAACUGGGAAAAGAACGAUUUCAGGCAUUGCCACAGGAGCGCCCUUCGAAUGCAGGUCUUGCCAAGUGAGAUUUUUCAGUUCCUUUUGUGAAUUCUGGGGACUUGAAUUUUCCCUCUUCCUUUUCUUCUAAAGUGAAACCCAGGUUUAAUUUCAACUUCCUGUAAAUCAAGUUCAAAACUGAAUCGAUGGGAGCACUUUUGGUGCGACGCUACCCCGUAAAAUCUGAAUUUUUAAUGUUAAACUUGACGCUCUGCUAUGGGAAAUAUGUAAACUUGGCCGCCCGCGCUUCCUGGAAUUCCCUGGCCAUAAAUAGGGAGCAGGUUAUUUGGGAAUCACCAGCACUGAGCGUCUCAGAGAUGAGUUACAACAACAUAAAGGGGUGGGAGCCAUUGUUUGCUGAACAAACCUCCUCAGGGUUUUUUUGCUGUUUAUGGGGGUUUUUAUUUUGCUUU